GUGUGGAGAGGUCUCUACUGCAGCAGGAACUAUGUGGAGACAAAGAUCAAGGCGGUCCCAGCUUGCCCGGUCUAAAAGCAUGGUGAUGGGAGAGCAGAGCCGAGUCUCCAGCAGGCCAUCCUCACCCAGUCUACAGGAUAAGGCACUGAAAUCAGGAUGGUUGAAGAAACAGAGGAGUAUCAUGAAGAACUGGCAGCAGCGCUGGUUUGUCCUCAGGGGUGAACAGCUCUACUAUUACAAGGAUGAGGAGGAGAACAAGCCUCAGGGUUUUAUCCACCUGCAAGGGAGCCAAGUGAAUGAGUUCACAGCCAACCCUGAGGAGCCUGGCAAACAUCUGUUUGAGAUUGUCCCAGGGGGUGCUGGGGAUCGGGACCGGGACCGGAUGGCUGUCAAUCAUGAAGCAUUCCUACUUAUGGCAAACUCCCAGAAUGACAUGGAGGACUGGGUGAAGGCCAUUAGGCGAGUGAUAUGGGCUCCAUUUGGUGGAGGUAUAUUUGGACAACGCUUGGAAGACACGGUACAGUACGAGCGGAAGUUUGGCAAGCGGUUGGCUCCCUUAUUAGUCGAACAGUGUGUGGACUUUAUCAGAGAGCAUGGCCUCACUGAAGAAGGGUUAUUCCGCAUGCCUGGGCAAGCCAACCUUGUCAAAGAACUCCAGGAUUCUUUUGACUGUGGAGAAAAGCCUCUGUUUGACAGGAACACUGAUGUUCACACAGUUGCAUCCCUGUUGAAGCUGUAUCUGAGAGAGUUGCCAGAGCCAGUGAUCCCAUUUGCCAAGUAUGAAGACUUCCUCUCAUGUGCUCAACUAUUGGCUAAGGAUGAAGAGGAGGGUGUCCAAGAGCUGAUCAAACAGGUCACCAAUCUGCCUCGGGCUAAUUACAACCUUCUCAAAUAUAUCUGCAGGUUCCUUGAUGAAGUUCAAUCUUAUUCAAGUGUUAAUAAAAUGAGCGUCCAAAAUCUCGCAACUGUCUUUGGACCAAAUAUUUUGCGUCCAAAACUGGAAGACCCAGUGACCAUUAUGGAAGGUACCUCCCUGGUGCAGCACUUAAUGACCGUGUUGAUCAGUGAACAUGAUAGACUUUUCCCCAUUAGUCACAGUGACAUACUGAUCCCUCAGCCCGAAGUGCCAUCGAUGGGCAAGCGCAGUCUGGUGGAGUGGGUGUCUGAAGAAGAGUGCGGAGAAACCAAGACUGACAAUCAAGUGGGCAGCUUCUGCAACAGUGCAACCUCACUAGAUGUGAACAUUAGCACCCCUGUGACCCUUUCAAAAAAUGCAUCUCAGGAGCAAGCUGACAAACAGGUUCCUAUAAGCACCAGCCCAAGCAGAAGACUGCAGACCCUCCCCGGGUGGAAAUACUCUUUUAAACAGACUGGAGGAAGGUCUAGCAAUGCCAAACUAGGUGGCUCGACUUUGGAUAUUCCGCAUUUAACAGCCAGUGGAAAUUGGCUGAUGAAUGGUUUAUCAUCGCUCCGAGGGCACAGAAGGACUUCAUCUGGGGACAGGGUCAAAGAAACUGGGUCAUCUCGCCUGUCAACUUAUGACAAUGUCCCAUCAUCAAGUGUUUCCUUGAGUGUUGGGGACAGGCAGAGCAUCGCUAGUACCACAUGGUCAACUUCAUCCUGUGAGAUUUCAGUGGUUGACUCUAGUAGUUCCGCUGUUUGCCAUGAGAGUGACUCUUCAGUGCUCAACUGCACAAAAGUGGACUGGCCCGUGCAGGUCACCCAGCCACAGGGCGAGACGCAGAGGUUUGAGACUGGCAGUAGGAUUGGGCAGUUUGAUGUGUGCAUCAGUAGUAUGAGCUGCAGCGAGAACAGUGACUUGGCCACUGCAUCGAAUGACUCUGCCACAUGUUCGAAAGCACUUCAGAGUCUGGUCACAGAGCUCAAGUCAGAACUGACCAAACAAAGGGCAGAGUACGAAACCAGGAUUAAAAGGCUUGAAGGGUCUAGCACAGAGCUGCGAUUGCAAGUGAACAAACUGGAAGAAGAGCUGGAUCAGGGGAAGAAGAAAUACGCCAUGCUUGAAAUAAAGAUGCGUAAUGCUGAACGGGCACGUGAAGACGCAGAGAAGAGAAACCAACUUCUGCAGAAGGAGAUGGAAGACUUCUUUUCCACAUUAGGAGACUUGACACUGGAAGCCAGGGAAACCAAACCCAAAUAGCAAAACGUGCUUUUACGUUCUUAAAACUGCAACAUGCAAGACCAUGAAGACACCGUUUACAUGCUUCAUUGACAUUUUCUAAGAAGUGUAUGCAUUUAUUUUUAAUGUUAUGGAUUGUGUUACGAGUAUUAAUAGACAAUUCCAUUUUGUACUGUGUUUUUUUUUUGUUGUUGUAAAGCCUCGGAGCUCUCACAGGCUGUUUACGUGUUCACAUCCCAAAGAACAACCUUGGAAUUUCAUUGUCUUCUCGUUUAUCUCCACUCCAAAGCGUCCCACACCUAUGCUUCUCCUACUUGAGAAGCAGUGGUAUAGCAUUUGAUGGAGUGAGAGGCUCAUCCCUUCGCUCCGAAAGGAUUCGUAGGAAUUGCCAUUGUGCUUUUUCAUAAUUUGCCUGGGCUUGAAGUGAUGUAUCUGUGAUAUUUGCACAUACAAUUAGACUGGGCAGGGUUGAAUACAAGGCCUCACUCCAUAAACUAUUUCAGGAGCCAAAUUGUCAAACUUUAUAUAUAUAUAAUGGAGGAAUUUGUUAUGUUACAUGUACCAGUUUAAGACAUUCUGGACUAACAGUGACAGCCAGUUUUGGAUCACACUCUGGUCAGAGACAGUGAAACUUUUCUGUAUAUAUGCAAGUAUGAAAAACUUCCAUGCACUGCCACCUGAAUACCAAGUUGAAGUGGCUGUUAGCUCUCCAUUGACCCUAUAAAAAUGAAACAUUAAAUUGAAAAGCGAAGCAGUCCAGUGGACUGGAUGGGAAUUUUGCUAAAUGUAUUUUGCACUAGUUAUACUGUGCAAGACUGCCUCCUGGAGGUGCCCUCUCAUACCACUUCACUAAAUUUGAUCCUGGUGAGAUUUUGUCCAAGUUACAGUUGGUAUUAAUAAGAAACUGACUGUACUUGGUACUGACACAAACUGUCUGAUAUGUCUGGACUGCACAAGAAACCAUAGCACAAUAUGUAAAUGGGUAGAAAUUUAGAGAGAGGAAAGCAAUUAGAACACAGGUUGUGUAGGGUAAGAAUUGAAACGAAGACCAUUCUCAAUAAAUCAUAUGAGAACACCUCUGUGAAGUGACGUAUGAAUUGAACGUCACAAAGCUGAACAAUUAAGACAAACCACACACAAAUUGCCCCUCGUUUUCCCUCUCUGAUUUGUUUACACUCAGAAUAAUCUUGCCGGAUUCCUGGCUGCUUUCCUAUCAAAGAUGCAGAGGAAUAUUACUGCAAUCGGCAGCUUAGCAAAACAUGCCCAGGUUAUGCAGUCAGGAAUGAGCAGAUUCUCUCUUCAAGCCAUGUAGAAACUGAAAAUAAAAGCAAUGUGGGGUUAUGGAACCAAGAAAAAAAAAAAGAAUUCUCAGGUUAAUAGUCCUCAUCACUGCUGAGCAUUAAAACUCUGAUCGUUCAUGGUUGCUUGUUAAUUUACAGGCUAUUCAGAGGGUAUAAGAUGAAAAGUAAAUGCUAAUCUUUUAUAAUGAAGACAAUCAUCUGUCAAGUUUCCUCCCUCCCCUCUUAUAACAUACUGAACUGGCUGGAUCAAAGCAGAGGACAAUUUUUACAACUGACUGCAGAUGUGAAGGGGGAGAAGUCUGUAUUUAUAAUAUCAAUUAUCAAAUGGAGCACAACAAAUAUCCAAUUUGUAAGUGAUAAUGCAGAUAAUGUGAAAUGAAAGAAUACUUAACUGUGACUCUAAUACGAGUGUGGGGAUACACUGGCAUUGGCCAGAAAUUAAGCCUGAUGAUAAUUGCCCAAUAUUCCACAUAGCUCAGCUCAAAAGGGACAUUGAUUAAUUCAUGAGAAGCUAGGGUUUCCAUCAUUUUUCGCUGGAUUGGUUGUGGGAUUAUGUUCAAAAUACAAACUAAAACUUUAGUGAGAAUUAAAGUUACUUGUAUAUGGACAGAUGUUUUAAUACUCCCUGUGAUAAUGCAUUUUGCUGUCAUUUUGAUCUCUCCAGAUACGCCGACUUUUCCCUAAAUUGCAAUCCUGUUUAGCUGGUGUGUUUAACUCCUUUUGCUGAGUCAGGAACCAUUCUGAAUAUUUAACUCUUGUCACUCAACAUUUCACAGCCACUUUGCAGGCUCCCAGCAAAACUCAUUGUACUGUACACUUACAUCAAUAUUCAUUCAAAAGAUAUCCAUGGCACAAUUCCUUUUACUGCAUGAUAGUCUUAGUUUUACUGCUUCCAGCAAAUGUUCACAUCAGUGAAAGCAAACAAUACUACAGAUGUGGGAGAGAUUAAAAACCCAGCUUCGCAGUGGCCACAGAACAUCUGGUAUAUCAUCCAGCUCAUGUCACUCAUGAAAAAAUGGCUUUCAAUUCAUUCACACUAGCAUAACCAGUGUGUUUCAAGUAUUUUGCACCUAUAUCACAGUGAUACGGUGCAGCUUUAUAUUUCUAUUAACUACCAUGAUGUUUAAUUGAUCGGUACGGUUUCAAUAAAACAGAACUCCGCAAAAGGAAUAUGUUGGGAGAAGUAGAUCCAAGUGGCUUAAAAGUGGAUGUUUUCUGCAUGUGAGGUGUACAUUUUAUAAAGGUCUUUGUCACCGCCAAUUAAAUAAAAUCUAGUCC